UUUUUAUUUAUUAUCAACCAUGGCUUUACCUUUCUUAUACAAGACAAGUGUCAAGAAGAAGAAGGAAUCCUUAGAUUCUACACUGGAAUUAUUAUAUAAAAAGGAACAAGAUAAUAUACUAGAGCCAGAGGAAAUGGAUGAGAACUUCUUUUAUAAGCAUAUCACAACUCAUUUCCAUUCUUUAUUCUGUGAAUCAUCGAUCAUUUGUGUGCCUCAUUCAAAAUCAAUACGCGGUUUAGUAUUAACUAAGGAUAUCAUAGAGGCUCACUGCUUCCAACCUUCUCCUUACUUUUGUGGACAAUUUAUUGCGACCAAACAAAAACAAAAGAUCAUUGCACUUGAUUUCCCAGUGAUUACCACCAUUUUAGGAUUCAAAGAACAGAGGACAGUGCACGUCAUGGCUGAAGAGACUGUCUAUUUGAAGAAUAAAAAGAUCAGAGUGUUUUGUAUUGAUCGAUUACUAGAAGGUGAAGCACCCAAAUACUAUCAUAAAUCAGCCAUUACUAUUCCUCCUGUCCGAAACGCAAAAACGGAUCUCGAAUUCUUGAAUAUGUUUCCAGAGAACAUGGAAGCACUCUAUGAGUUGCAAUCUGCCGUACAAGAGUUUAUUGACUCUUAUGUUUACAUCAAAGGCUACAACAAGAAUACAGUAGAAAGGAUACAACACAUGUAUAUGAAGACAUACAGGACUAUCCUUCAAAAGAACAAGCUACUUCAAGAUUCAUGUCGCACUCCAUCUGAGCAUGACCAGUUCUUGGAACUGGUUGAAAACGUAGUGAUGAGCUUCUUGCAUAAAAAAAUUUGGGUUCAGACACUACAGCCUUUACUGCAAUCACAAGACAGCUAUCUUGAUUCCGUCUGCUUUGCAUAUUCUCACGUUGUCCUGUCUCAAUAUUCGCUUCGUUAUCCGUUAUCAGAAAUGCACGUCUCUUGCUUUCAAAAUGCCAUCCAUGAGUUUCAAAAGAUCGAUACUCAGGCAGCCACGCCACUUGAAAAGCUUGCAGUCUUGAAAUCAACCUUGGACUUGAUCUCAGCUGCGGUUCAUGAUUAUGUGACGCAUUUUGGGCACAGUACGAGUGAUACUUCGGUCACUUCGGAUGAAAUGAUUCCUUUACUUGCUUUUGUUAUCGUACAGAGUCAUGUGCCUCGGAUGGCAAGUCUGAUCUACUACAUGCAGCACUAUAGACUUGCCAGAAUGAUUGAAGGUUCUGUCUACAGCUUCGUCUUGGCUACACUUAAAUCAGCUUGUGAAUUUCUAAAAGAUGAUCCACUUUCCCUAUACGAUAUCGCUACUGCCACUCAACGAACACGGUCGACUUCAUUUCACCACAAGCCAAAGAGCGCACCCCUCUUACAAUCAUCAUCAUAUUAUCAUCACCGAAAGACUCAGAGUGCUGAUUUUGACAUCGAUUUGAGCAAUAACAACAGAAACAGCAGACAACAUAUUCUCCGCCCCCACAUCGUUUUACCACAUCGUUCAACCAGUCAUGAACAUCAUCGAAAGAGUUUGGAAAUACCUAAUGAUUGGCUAAUAUACAAUUCUCCUUCUUCAUCUAGCACAACCUACAGCAGUAGCCAUAGCAACAACAGUAACACAAGCCCAAAACCUCAUCUUGGACUUUCCAGACCGAUGAUCUCUACCACAUUUCCUUCCAUAUCCAAUUCUACUCCCUUAUACCAAACUUCUAAACUGGGUCGGUCACUAAGUGCAUCUCCUGUCAUCAAAAGACAGCAACCACCUGAAAUAAUCCAUGUUCCCGAUCGAAUCUCGGUUGAUCCAGCCAAGCGACCUGCUUCCAUCUGCAUUGAUACACGUUCAAUACAUAGUAUUGAAAAAGGUGAGGAUGAAGAAUUGAUGGGUGAUUUCUUGAAAGGUCUAAGCAAGUUGGAUGGUAAUGUUGUGGGUGAAAGAACUGGAUCGAUCAAAGUAUUCAACCGUAUACCAUCUUUAUAAUCUAUUCCCUCCCUCGUAUUUUUUUAAUAUUGAAAAAAAAAAGGGCUUUUUAUUAUUAAAGCAACAAAAAAGUAAAUCUAAUAAAAUUAAUAUUUGAAAGACA